CCACUGGCUUCCCCUCCCUUCCCCCAGGUAUAAGAACUGAGCUCAGGUGCGCUGGCCCCUCCUGUCCUGUCUCAGCAGCUGCCAGCAGGCGAGGCAUGAGCCACCAGCUCCUUUGAGACAAGCUGCAGGACACAGGAUUCUCCAGGGAGUGCACCCGGCACCAUGGGCCAGUGCGGAUCUGCCAACGCUGAGGAUGCUCAGGAAUUCAGUGACGUGGAGCGUGCCAUUGAGACCCUCAUCAAAAACUUCCACCAGUACUCCGUGGAGGGCGGGAAGGAGACGCUGACUUCCUCGGAGCUGCAGGACCUGGUCACCCAGCAGCUGCCCCACCUCAUGCCGAACAACUGUGGGCUGGAAGAGAAGAUCGCCAGCUUGGGCGGCUGCACUGACUCCAAACUGGAGUUUGGAAGUUUCUGGGAGCUGAUUGGAGAAGCUGCCAAGAGUGUGAAGCUGGAGAGCCCGUGCAGGGGGAGCUGAGACGCUUCUGCUUCUGGAGUGUGUGUGUGUGUGUGUGUGUGUGUGUGUGUGUGUCUGUGAGCCUGGAAAUAAAAGCUCUUCUCUGUACCACCGUCACCUUAUCACAGAGCCUACACUUCUCCUUGCAUGUGUCUCAGCACAGGGCCGGCUCUGCCUCCCCGGGGCUCUGAGUGCCCAUUCCUGGAGCCCAUGGGGCCCCGAGGAGUCCCACCAGAAGGAGGCUCCGGGGGCCAGGAGGGGUUGGGGCCAAGGAUGCAUAUUGAGGGAUAAGAAUGGUGUAAGGUCCAAGGAAAUUGGUAAUGGGGCAGAAAGCCUGGGUCUAAGGGGUGAUUUGAGGAGGGGCUGGGAACAGGGCUGUCUUCAUAUGAAUAUUUGAAACUCAAAAGUAUCUCCAAGCACCUGCCCCUCCUAGCCUCUCCUCCAGUUCCAGCCAUAGCUGUCUGUCUAGUGCCAUCUCUUCCUACCUCCAGCUCCACCCAGCCUCCGCCCAGGGCUCUGUCACACGGAGGCGAAGGGAAGGGGCGAGUAGGACUGGGGGCAGGGGGGAAUCUGAGAAAGCCAUGCCUGAAUUGUGACCUUGGGGUGGAGGGACCAGCUGGGUGCUUGGU